AGAUGUCAGCAGAGUUUCUCAAUCUGUCACUUUGCUAGGUGGAGUACGGCUGUUGGAGGAAGGAAAAAUCUAGCACGGCAGUCAUGACUUACUGACAAGACCUGCGAACCGGCUUCCUAUGAACACUUCACCCGAUAGCGUAUCGUUUUCACCUUUUAACCGUUAUACCUGUUAGCUUUGCGUGACGUUACAUGACAACUGUGGGAACACCCAUGCGCCUGAGUGUCAGAAGUUACCAUGCUAACCACCGUUAGCCGCUGCUGCUACCUGACGUAGCUAUGCUCCUCCGUUAAACUUGAAAGUGCAUGCGAAAAAAGCGCUUGUUUAUAAUAGUUUUUAAAGUUACAAAGUGAGCAGCUUUUAACCAGUUUUUUAGUUUCAGAAGACGAAGCUAUCAAUCUGUCACAGACAUGGGACUACACCCGCUGGAAUUCAGUGAAUGCUAUCUGGACAGCCCCAGCUUCAGGGAGAAAAUAAAAGCACACGAAGCAGAGCUGGACAAGACCAACAGAUUUAUCAAAGAACUGUACAAAGAUGGGAAGAACCUCAUUAAUGCAACAAAGCAGCUUGGCAUGGCUCAGCGGAAGUUCGCCCAUUGCCUGGGAGAAUUUCAGUUUGAGUACAUCGGGGAUGCAAAGACGGACGAUGAGAGAUGCAUUGAUGAGUCUUUGCAAGAGUUCUCCUCAUUCCUCAAGAACCUUGAAGACCAAAGAGAGCUGAUGAUGAGAAACAUCACAGAAACCUUAAUGAAACCCUUGGAGAAGUUCAGGAAAGAGCAUCUUGGUACAGUAAGGGCGGAGAGAAAGAAGUAUGAGAAGGAAACGGAGAAGUACUACAGCUCUCUGGAAAAGCUUCUCAAUAUGUCUGCAAAGAAGAAAGAGCCGCAGCUACAAGAGGCAGACAUCCAGGUGGAAACCAUGAGGCAGCACUUUCAAGAGGAGUCACUUGACUAUGUAUGCAAACUGCAGGAGAUCCAAGAGAGGAAGAAGUUUGAGUGUGUGGAGCCGAUGCUGGCCUUCUUUCAGACGGUCUUUACCUUUUAUCAUCAGGGCUUUGAGCUUGCCAAAGACUUCGACCAUUACAAACGAGCGCUGCAGAUCAAUAUACAGAAUACAAGGAGUCGAUUUGAGGGCACACGGUCUGAGGUGUACGAGUUGAUGAAAAGGAUCAGAGAGGCGCCUCAGGAGUACAGACAAACCAGCCCCAUCAGCUGUGAAGGCUACCUCUAUGUACAGGAAAAACGGCCGCCUCCCUUUGGUUCAAGCUGGGUCAAACGCUACUGCACUUUUGUUAAAGAGCAGAAGAUACUGCACAUGGUGACCUUUGACCACAGAUCAGGUGGAAAGAUUGGGGAGACAGAGUCAGUCACGCUCAAAUCCUGUGUCCGUAAAACGACAGACAUGCUGGACAGGAGGUUCUGCUUAGAGCUUGACAUCACAGAUCGGCCUGGGACGGUGCUCACAGUACAAGCUCUGUCUGAGGAUGACCACAAGUUCUGGAUGCAGGCCAUGGGUGGGAAGGAACCUAUUGGACAUUAUCUUGGGAGGACUUAUUCUAAAGAAAGAGGAAUUGAUGCCCAGCUGGAUGAAGUGGGUCUGAGUUUUGUGAGGAACUCCAUCAGCGCCAUAGAAACGAGAGGUAUUAAUGAUCAGGGCCUGUACAGAGUUGUCGGGGUAAGCUCCAAGGUACAGAAGCUGCUCUCAUUAAUGAUUGAUGAGAAGAGCAUUGAUGUGGAUCUGUCUACGAGUGAGGACUGGGACGUAAAGACGAUAACAAGCGCACUGAAGCUUUAUCUGAGGAGCCUGCCUGAGCCAUUGAUGACCUAUGGACUUUACAAAGAGUUCAUUAGUCCUGCAAAGGGCGGUAGUCCAGAGUCUCGCAUCCAAGCCGUCCACUGCCUGGUCCACAAACUACCAGAAAGGAAUCGACAAGUCCUCGGGCUGCUUAUGAAGCAUCUGGCCAACGUGGCGGCUCACAGUAAACAGAAUCUGAUGACCGUAGCAAACCUGGGCGUGGUGUUUGGACCAACAUUAAUGAGGCCACAGGAGGAGACUGUCGCUGCCAUCAUGGAUCUAAAGUUCCAGAACAUCGUGGUUGAGAUCCUCAUCGAACACCAUGAAAAGAUCUUUGCAGAUGCUCCAGAGUCAUGCCCUCUUUCACCUGCUGCCCCAGUAUUCUCCGCCCCCACAAGGCAGUCCAAGAAGCUGAGUCGACAGAAUCGGCCCCUGGCUGUCUACAAUCCACAAGCCCUAGACAUUCAGAAUGUGUCAGUGGUUGCAGACGGUUCCAGUUUAACUACAGAUGAAACAUCAAUGGGCAGCAACGAGUCCGUGUCAUCCCAGUCAUCAUCUGCCUCAGCCUCUGAGACGUCAACAGAGAGGAGUGACCACGCACCGCUUAAAACCAGCCUCAGCUCAGGCAGCAACUCCAGGACCCCUGAAGCUGCAGCCUCCUGGCCCUCUGCUGGAGCUCCAGGAGAGACUCAGCCUGCUGCCACCACAGCUGCUCCCAACAAAGAAAAGCCUGACGAGAGUGUCACCAGCAGGAAAGCCAAGGCAGUGUACCCAUGUGAGGCUGAGCACGACUCUGAGCUCUCCUUCCAGGUCGGUGCAAUAUUCAACGCCGUGACCCAGUCCAGAGAGCCCGGCUGGCUGGAGGGCGAGCUGGAGGGAAAGAGGGGCCUCAUCCCUGAAAACUACGUGGAGAUGCUGUAGCCACAAAUGAAACGGAAAUAUUUAUGGACAAGUUAUCACCUCUGCUUGGAUAAAAAUAUGCAGCAAUGACAAUCACAGUUUGGCUUUGUUCAUCCAAAUCCCUGACUCCUCGGAACAGGUGACGAAAUGUUAUCACUGGUGGACUUUUGUUUAUCCAGAAGUGGAUUCAAGUUUAUGCAAUUUUUGAGUGGGAAGUAGAUAAUUUGAUGCGUGUCUACAUGAAAUUCAGCUUUUAAAUUACAGAAUGGGAUUGCACUUAUAAUAUUCUGCUGUAUACAAAGAUGCUGUAGUCUCCAUUUAACUUUGUCAGCAGCUCCAGAGGAUGAGUGUCACCCUGUUUAAGGCCUUUCUCUCUCCUCCGGUUAUCCAUGGUAUCCAUGAGUCAAAGACAGAUCCACAGACACUGUACGGAUCAACGAAUGUCCCAAAGCAACAGCAAAUCCAGCAGCUUUAGGCCCUCUUUGACAAAGGUGCACAAUUUGUUUUAGCUUUACACACAUUAGAGAUACUGUACCUGACGUGCCUUAAACCACCAGCAAGUACACCUGUAUGUACGGUUGUGUAGGGCAGCGGAGUGUUACUGCUUUAGCUUUUAAGAUUCUGCAUUUUCCUGUCAGUUUAAGAAUAUUUGAAUAUUCAAAAUGAGGCACAUGCUAUUGUAAUUUUAUUUUAUUAUAUUUAAUUGGCACAUUGAUUGCAUGACUUUUAUUCAUUUUUAAUAUACUCUUUUGUUCUUGGUGCACUCCCUCCCUGAAACACAGGAAACACCUCUUUGAUGCCUAAUGAAGCUCUCAUGUUAAACACUAGCAUCAGGCAAAGACAGCCGAGGUCAUUUUAAACUUCACUCAUUAUUCACACCAAGUGUUUGUGUUCCUGUUUGUUCUUGUUUUUUAAGCUUUUUUAUGUUCAAUUUCCUCUGAGCAAAGUAUUGAAACACUCCCACAGAGCUGAGAUUUUAUUUCAUCGUCAGAAUAACUGAUUAGAAAUUAAAGCCGUAUUAUCAAAAAGACCUCUAAUGCAGUAUUUUCUGUUAUUUCACAUCUGUUCUGUGUAUAUAGGCUAAUAAUUCAAAGGUUGCCAAGUAUGUUUCACAAGUUUCUACCAAGUGACUGACAGGUUUUAAGUUUCAUUUAAGUUGGUUUUAGUUUUUACACCUUCUGUAAGAAUUCAUUGAUCAGCUGUUCUCCUACAUUUGUCUGAGAGCUUUGAUUCAACUGUUUUUUGCCCCAUUGCAAUAAUUUAAAACAUUGAUUGAUGACGUUUGUAAAGGGCCUUGACUUCUUUCAUUUUUGUACCUUUGGGUAUCCUCUUGAUCAAUGUUAAACAAAUAAAGAUUUGUUCUUGUUCUCCACUGUAUAAUGUAUUCUUGCCAUGAAAUUAAAGUGAUAAAAGAUGCUUUAAAAUCCAA